UGUUCGCACGCAAUUUGUUAUCGUUUUAUGCCGUUAAGUUUGAUUAAAAAGUGGCAAAUAGCAACUACGUUUCACGAUUAAAGUGUUCCAUAUAGUAAUGGAAAUUCAUACCAUUACUUUGGAACGAUGGAUGUGUCGGAUUUGCCUGGAAAAAGGCACCUACAAUAUCUUUGACGAUCAACUGGUCCAUCAGCAAGGUCAACCGCGCAUGGCCAGCAGCGGCUGUAGUAAUUCCAUCUCAAUUAUCGAAGCACUCAACUACUUCGGUGAGUUCAAGAUUAUUAAACCAGAGACAAUCGAUGAACCGAUUAUGCUCUGCAGCAGCUGUUACGCUGAACUGGCAAGGUGCGUUGAGUUUCGUCGAAAGCUGAACUAUUCGGAACUUUUGCUGCAUAAAGACUAUGCCGCGAUGCUUGAUACAGAUGAGGAAGUUGAAGAAGGCAAAACAGGACUGACGAUGCAAAUGGUGGAUAUUGAACCUUUCCUGGAGGAAGACGAACCAGAGUCACCCAAUUCGGAUCGAGGACCUCCCAAACAGACGAAAAUUCACCACGCAAAGCCUCGAUUUCAACUGACUAACCAGGUAAGUAACAUCCUUAGGCAUGUGGCGACGACGAGCAGUAGCAGCAGCAACUGCAGCACCAGCAACUCGGCAAUUUCUUUUAGAGAGAAACGGAAGGAGUCCGAUGAUCUAUCCGAUUCAGGAACACCAAAGAAAAUUCACCGAAGAGAUUCGCAAGACAAUCAACUUGAAAAGACUUUAAUUGUACCAAAUUAUAUUUUCACCCGCGAGGUGAACAACCAGCAGGAGAAAAACGUUCUGCUGGUUGAGAAAGCGACCGUAUCACCCGAAGCGGGAAGUUUCCCGUGCGAAAGCGAUCUCGAUCGCUCGGACACGGACGAAAUAUUCUACUGCAAGCACUGCCCGAAAGCUUUCUCCACACGAUACCACCUGGUCAUCCACACCAAAAAUGUUCACCUUUGCCAGUACUGCCUGAGGUACUUCGACACCAUUCUUGCCAGGAAUAAGCACGUCCGAGAGGAACACAAAUCGUUCCGGUGUUCACUUUGUAGCUUUCAGUCGCGGUAUGCGACCAAUCUUAGAGCACACUUGCGGAAAAUGCAUUCCGUUGCACUGCCAGCUCACGUUUCUAUCCUGCAGCCGCAGGACGUUGCAGGAAAUAAAUGAUGAA